AAAUUAUCGUAAAUAAAACUUAAUCGCGCAUAAAUAACGGUAUUUAAUGAACAGCUGAUUAGCAAAACAAGUAUUUUUUAAGACGUAGAUUGUCAAGUAAGUGAAUGUGUUCAUAAUCUGAAUUUUUACUUAAUAUUUACAAUAAUAUUGUGUUUAAGAGUUGUAUAAAUACUUUAAUAUAAUUAUUGUGAUUUUAUAGUAAUUAUUGGAAGUAAUAACACAUCGUUUUGAGUUAUUUUUGUUGUUAUUUAGACUCUUAACUACUGCGCGUUAGCAGCGGAAGCCAGCAAUCGAUUGUUUUGUGUCACAACAUAAUAAAGAACGGAGUUAUUUCACGUUAGAGAAGAUAUUUGUACAAGUUUUCGGUAAAUUUUCGGUGAUUAAAUUGGAAAAAUGAAGUUCCAAUACAAAGAAGAACACGCCUUCGAGAAAAGGAAGACCGAGGGCGAGAAAAUCAGAAGGAAGUACCCUGACAGAGUCCCAGUUAUUGUAGAAAAAGCACCCAAAGCACGUAUUGGAGAUGUCGACAAGAAAAAAUAUUUGGUUCCAUCCGAUCUCACAGUGGGUCAGUUCUAUUUCUUAAUCAGAAAGAGAAUUCACUUGAGACCUGAAGAUGCUUUAUUUUUCUUUGUCAACAAUGUUAUCCCCCCUACCUCCGCUACUAUGGGGUCACUAUACCAGGAGCACCAUGAAGAGGAUUUCUUCCUGUACAUUGCAUAUUCCGAUGAGAAUGUCUAUGGAAGCAACCUUUAAAUAAAUAAUAAACACCCCAAUUAUUUUUUUUAUGUUAAUAAUGAUAACCUCAAUUAUUUUUACAAUACUUUUAAUAUACCGUUUUCAGUUGUGAUAAUGAAUUAUUUGAUUGGGUUUUGAUUAUAAA